GUUUGACCUUUUGUGACCUGUAUUGAUUUUUUUUUUGAGGGACUGAGGGAAGAUGCUGUUGAAACAGGCAUCGGUCCUGAGCUCAGAGACAAACUGCUGCUUCAGAUCAGGCCUCAGGCGUUUUUCAUGACAAACCGUUGAAGUCUCAUCGUCGCAUUUUAAAAAUACGGGGUGAUGAUGAUGAUGAUGAGGAGGAGGAGGAGAAGAAGCUUCAGCGCUGGAGGCCGUUUCACACUGAGGUCAUUAAUGAAAAACACGAAGCAGCUGCUGCCUCUGACCUGGCCGACCGACCGACCCGACCACCAACCCACAGAAACCGAUCGCUGCCCUGAGCUGAAGGACUGAUAAUAUGCAGCAGAGUAACUGAGACCAGGAUCAACAGUCCAGCCCUGAGAAAACUUAAAGGCUUCACCACAAAAUUCCUGAAAUGUUCUGUGGCAUCAUCGGGGCCAUCGCUUCUACCUUUUGGUCGGGCUCAUUGUGUCCUCUGACUGACAAAACCCACAUGGGACAAAAUCUCAAUCUCUCAUCUGAGUCUCCUUCUCCUGAUCAUUUAUGGACCAGGCCUAUUUUAUUGCCCUGGAUUUUGCCUCUGAGGCAACAUACGUACUGCUACCUCAAGGGCUGAAUCCAAACCUGAUCCUAACCCUCUGGAUACUUACACACCCAUGUGCACCCUCAUCAUGUCAGAUAAAUAUAAAAUAAAUAUGGUAUAUAUUAUAAUUAUUCAGUUUUACUUCUUUGCAUCCAUUUUGCCAUGGAUUAUGGGUAAUUUUUCAAGCAAGCUGGAGUCUGUGGUGAAGUCUGGACUUUGUUUUGACUCUAUAAAUCUUCCAUACAGAUGCCUUAAACUCUGCUCUGUUUUUCUCUGCAGGCUGUUUUCUGCUCUGAGGCAGUUUGACGUCUGAGUCCGGAAAAUCUGUGAAGUUUAGAGCUAAAAUAUAAAGGAAUAUUUUUUAUUUAUUUACUGAAGGACAGACGGGUGGAGGGAUGAUGGAGGUCAGAGUCCAGCUCUCAGCUUGAUGUUAAUGUCACAGACAGAAAUAAAAUCUGUCCUGUGGGUGUUUCAUGUUUUAACACAUUUUACUGCUAAUGAGUCUGACAGCAGAGAGAGAGAGAGAGACAGAGGCAGGCAGGCGGUGAGGGAGGGAGGGAGGGAGGGAGGAGGGUGAGUUAAAGAGGAGGAGCAGCAGAGUGGUGGAUUCAGUCAGUCGUUCCGUGCAUUGGAGCUCAGAUGGAGGUUUUUCCGUGAGCUGAGAAGAAUCUGACGACAUGAGGACGUCUUCCUGAGAGAGAGAGAGAGAGAGAGAGACAUCCUCCCCUCAGUUUCCACGGUGACGGCAUCCCUACAUCCUCCUCCUCCUCCUCCUCCUCCUCCUCCAUCAUCUCUCCGUCCGGCUGCUGUCAGCUUGUUGGCGUCGUCAGGAUGGGAGAUAAAGGAACCAGAGUGUUUAAGAAAGCCAGUCCCAAUGGAAAGCUCACCGUCUACCUGGGGAAGAGGGACUUUGUGGACCACGUGGACCUGGUGGAGCCUGUCGACGGUGUCGUCCUGAUCGACCCGGAGUACCUGAAGGAGAGGAAAGUGUUUGUGACUCUGACGUGUGCGUUUCGUUACGGCCGUGAAGAUUUGGACGUCCUCGGCUUGACGUUUCGGAAGGAUCUGUUUGUGGCUAACGUCCAGGCGUUUCCUCCACUGCCUGAAGAGAAGAAGAGUCUGACUCGUCUUCAGGAACGCCUGAUUAAAAAGCUGGGAGAACAUGCCUACCCAUUCACCUUCGAGAUUCCUCUGAACCUGCCGUGCUCCGUCACCCUGCAGCCUGGACCAGAGGACACUGGGAAGGCUUGUGGAGUCGACUUUGAGGUGAAAGCUUUCUGCGCAGAAAAUGUUGAAGAAAAGAUCCACAAAAGGAACUCGGUGCGUCUGGUGAUCAGGAAGGUGCAGUACGCUCCGGAGAAACCUGGCCCUCAGCCGACAGCAGAAACCACCAGACAGUUCCUGAUGUCAGACAAACCUCUGCACCUGGAGGCGUCUCUGGACAAGGAGAUCUACUACCACGGAGAGCCCAUCAGUGUCAAUGUUCACGUCACGAACAACACCAACAAGACCGUGAAGAAGAUGAAGAUCUCAGUGCGACAGUACGCAGACAUCUGCCUGUUCAACACGGCUCAGUACAAAUGUCCAGUGGCCACUGAGGAGUCAGAUGACGUCGUAGCUCCCAGUUCAACUUUCUGCAAAGUUUUCACCCUCACUCCUUUCCUGGCCAACAACCGAGAGAAACGAGGCCUUGCUCUGGACGGAAAGCUGAAGCACGAGGACACCAACCUGGCCUCCAGCACACUGUUGAGAGAAGGAGCCAAUAAGGAGAUCCUCGGUAUCAUUGUAUCAUACAAAGUCAAAGUGAAGCUGGUGGUGUCGCGAGGCGGGCUCCUGGGAGACCUGGCGGCGAGUGACGUCUCUGUUGAGCUGCCCUUCACAUUAAUGCACCCGAAGCCGUUAGAAGAAUCCAUCUACAGAGACGCUCCAGAUGAAGCUCCCAUCGACACAAACCUAAUCGAGUUUGACACAAACGACGAUGACAUCAUCUUCGAAGACUUCGCCCGCCAGAGGCUGAUUGGGGCAAAAGACGACAAGGACGAAGACGAAGAGCCGGUGGACUCACCCAAACUCAACGACAGAUAAAGGCCAGGAGCGUCGCCGCCACCACUGCUGCUGUUGUUGUUUUUGCUGCCGUUUGUAGUGUGGAGCUAACGGAGGUCACCUUUAGGUCUAACCGCAGUCUGGACACCCUUUAAACACUCGGUGGUGCCGUGUUUGUGUUCUCGUUCAUGUUCGUCCUCUCUUUGCGUCCUGCUGGAGUGUAAAAAGCUAGAAUACCACAGCCUAGACAUCAGUUGUGUUUUCAGACGGAGCAGCUGUCCACUCCUUUUGCCGGCUGGCUGAAGCGUUGAACCGGCGGCCGCGGUAUCUUAACGAUGGCUGGUAGCAUGCCUCCAGUGUCACUUUGUUCUACAUGUUUCCAUUAUAGGGACCGAACAGGAGUAACGUUGUAUUGAGAUUAGUUUCGAUGUGUCGUAUCAGAGGGUCUUUAUAAACACUGCCAACUUUGGUUGAUCUGGAACAGUUCGCCACCACCUCCAGCCACAACAUGGACUUCGGCUGACGGAGGUUUUUGUACGUGAACCUUCCGCAGUCAGUCUGUUUGUGGACAAAGCUGCAGAGCAUGAAGAAACACUGCAGGAGAAGUGAUCUGCAGGACGUCUCGACUCGCAGAGAGGACCUCGACUAUCAGAGAGCGCCACCAAUCAGCUGAGAGGAUCCGGUGGCCUAGUUUGCAUGAAAUACAUCGAUACUUUAUAUGAUUUAUUAAUGUCAUGAAUAAUCAACCUUUAUAGACGAUGGUCUUGAUUUUAAAGGAGCAUACAAGUGUUUGUUGUUCGAUGUUUUCAUGUUGAUCACUUUCCAAAUCAUCGUCAGUGUUUGGAAGAAGUUUGUCCGUCCACACUCAGCUGCUGCUUUCAGCUCAGCUCUGUAGAAAUCACCCUGCAGAGAGACUGAGUCUGUGGUUGUCAGUGUUGUUUUAUUUUAUACUGACACGUCGUGUCUGCUCAGAUUCACGAUGAUGUGGAUCAGACAGCUCCUGAUCCUGAUCAGUUUGAAACUGUAUUUUACUAAGACAAAGUUUUGAGCCAAAUCUGACAGAGGCACUGAAAGUGUUGAAGCUGAAAAUAUCGACGUUGAUUGAUUUUGAUUUUUCCGACUCUCGAGUCUCUGAAGCGCGAGCUUCGAGGAGCGUUGCUCUCGUGUGCGUUUCCACGUGACGAGAACAAGCGUUUGUCAAAGAGUAAAAGAUGGAAUUUCUCUGCUGGCUGAUUUUUAAAGAAAGGAAAUCAUUUAAAAAAUUGAUGGAUGGCUCGGAAAAUGAUCAGCAAGGAGGUGAUGUAAACAGGAUGUAGCAAACAAAUAAUGGUUUAAAAAAAAACACAACACCAGUAUGGUCCUUUAAUGAAGAAAUAUUAAUGUAAUGUAUCAGGAGACUUGAUGCAGUGUAAUUACUGAACAUAUAUUUUACAAAACAAAGGUUUGGACAGUCAAAAUCAAACAGUGACAGUCUGAGACGUCCCUCCAUGUGAACAGUCAGUGUACAGGUGUGUCAUCAGUUGUGUGUGUGUGUGUGUGUGAAUGUGUGUGUGUGAUAAUGGAGAGAAGACCUGUCACUCUUUACCUAAAAGACUGAAUGAAUCGGUUUUUUCAUUGUAACAUGACAUCACAGGAACAAGAUCAAAAACACUGAAAAUCUUUUUAUUAUUUCUAAAACUAUUUCAAUUGGCUUUUAUUCUGACAGGGCCAGGAAGAAACCUGUAUAUUCCACUGCAUCUUUAAUAAAGAACAUUUG